AUGAAGAAAAGCAUGGCAGAAGGAAAUCUCACUGUCAUAGGGGAAUUUAUUCUUCUGGGAUUUUCUGAACUUCCCAACCUCCAAGGGUUUCUCUUUGGAAUUUUUUUGAUCAUCUAUAUGAGUAUCCUCAUAGGAAAUGGCCUCAUCAUUGUCAUUACCAAGGUAGAUCCAACUCUCCAAACUCCCAUGUACUUUUUCCUGGGUAACUUUUCCUUCUUGGAAAUCUGUUACACUUCAGUGACUCUCCCUGGAAUGCUGUCAAACCUUUGGACACAGAACAGAGUCAUUUCUUUGAUGGCUUGUGCUGUACAACUUUCUUUUUUUCUUAUUCUGGGAGUCACUGAGAGCUUCCUUCUUGCUGUGAUGGCCUAUGAUCGUUAUGUGGCCAUUUGUAGACCUCUCUACUACCCUCUUAUCAUGAACCACAAAGUUUGUGUCCAGUUGGUGGUUGUUUCCUGGAUGACUGGAAUCCCUGGACAAUUAAUACAGACAUAUAAGGUAAUUUCUCUUCCCUUCUGUUUUAAUGAACUCAAUCAUGUUUUCUGUGAUGUUCCUCCAUUACUGAAGUUGGCCUGUGGGGAUACCUCUGUGCAAGAGUUCUCUGUCUAUGCUGUUGCUGUGCUACUUGGGAUGGUUCCCUUCCUUACCAUUCUUGGAUUCUAUCUUAAAAUCAUCACCACCAUCCUGAAGUUGCCAUUGAUUACAGGGAGACAAAAGGCCUUUUCCACUUGUUCUUCCCAUCUUAUAGUUGUGGGUUUAUUCUAUGGGUCUGGCAUUAUUACAUAUUUGAUACCCAAGUCUAGUCAAUCAGGGAUAGCAAAAUUUCUGUCUCUUUUCUACACCACUGUGACCCCUAUGUUUAAUCCCAUUAUAUAUAGUUUAAAAAACAAAGAUGUUAUUGCUGCAUUAAAGAAAUUAUUAAUCAAAUUAUUAGCCUGA